GGCCCGGCUGGACGAGUGGAGCGUUCCAGGGCAUUCCUUCGGCACAAAGAGAUUCUUACCUGAUCAGUUCUUCCAAACGUCUCUAAAAGAAGCCAUGGGAGCCUGUCGUUUCCAGGUUUUCCUGUUCCUCUUUCUCCUGGGAGCCCCGACUUUGAUCUUGGCACAAAAAUUGCGUUGUCAAAAGAGUACAUUCGUGGGUUUAGAAGCAGAUCCAGUAGAGACAUUUAACUGGACCACAGACAAAGUUGAGACUUGUGACAAUGGGGCAUUGUGCCAGGAAACCGUGCUGAUGAUUAAAGCUGCAGGGACCAAGACAGCAAUUUUGGCCACUAAGGGCUGCAGCUCAGACGGGGCACCGGCAAUAACGUUUAUCCAGCACACGCCAGCCCCUGGCCUAGUCGCAAUCUCCUACAGUAACUACUGUGAAGAUUCCUUCUGCAACAACAAAGAGGACUUAUAUGAGUUAUGGAGGACAGAAGAGAUUGACGCUCCCAGAGGGUCAACAGCCCUCCGCUGCCCAACCUGUCUGGCUUUGGGGUCCUGUUUGAAUGCUCCUUCUCUUCCCUGCCCCAACGAUACAAAUCGAUGCUAUCAAGGAAAACUUCAGGUCACUGGAGGAGACCUCAGCGCACCUUUGGAGAUCAAAGGCUGUACAUCCGCAGAUGGUUGCAGGCUGAUGUCUGGUAUCUUUAUAAUAGGGCCCCUGUGGGUGAAGGAAACGUGUCCACUCAGGUCUGUCUCUCCCCGAAAGGUUGAAAGUGGGGCCACAUGGCUUCACACUUCAGUUUGGAGGUUAGAGCUACUGCUGCCGCUGUUGCUGCAACCGCUUGUCCGUUGAGUAGGUGCUUCUGGUCCCGGGUCACUGGACAUCUC